AUGGGCGAAGGAGUAUUGCGACUGCGUCUUCGUAUACGGCGACAUGGUCUCCCUGAGACUAGAAUUGUUUUUGUGCUAAAUAUUGGUGACGAUGCGACCGUGUCCAAAUUCCUAGAAGAAGUCAACGGGAUAAUACCGCUCGAGGCAGACGACUGGGGCUUGGAAGACUACGUCGUGGAGCUACAAUCUUCAAAGGGUACCAGCUUUGAGUGCCUUCACUUCCAAACGGUCGCCGACACUCUGGAGAAGGAUGAUGAGGUUUUGAUCCGACCUUUAUCCCUUGAAGAAGUGAAAAAGCGGCGACUAGGCGGUCGAAGCCAGAUCUCAAACGAUGGAAGACAUCUUCUGGACGGCGUGCCAUUUGGACGACCUUUGCUAAAGCGACCGCGUCACCGACCCUCGAUUCAUAUUUCGCCACGCAAGAAAAGAAAAGUCACUCAUGCCUUUGAAGAUUUGUCCGAUGCUGAGCAGACUCCGCCUCUGCGCUUGGAUGAACUAGACAAACAUCAGGGUCUGCACAACGAAGAUUUCGAUGAAGAUCACGAUGAAGAUUUCGUAUCGAAUAGCGACCUAGACGACGAAGGGAGCUCGGCAGAUGAUAGCGGUCUCGAACCUGAUGAAUUACAGCUGCUUCAAGAAAACCCUUCCGACGUUGGCAGCCGAUGCGAGCAAGUUGAGACAAUUUCGAACGGCGUAGUUGACAACGACUUUGGUGCUAUGGUAGAAACGGGACUCGCUAUUUCUUUUUGCGGCAAGGAUAAGUAUCUACUGAGACAGUGGCCUAGGGCCAACGCUGCUUCAGAGAGUCUUGUCAGUAAGAGUAGCACAAGUAAUUUAUGUGCCUCUAGCGACAGCGUCAGUGACGGCAGCGACGGCAGCGACGGCAACAACAUGGACAAUAAAAACAACCAGAGUGGAGGCAAUGAGAGAGAGGACAAGCAAAUUUGCGCUCAAACUAACGCCGUGAACAUCACGCCGAAAGGCGGAAACCCAAUGACCGUCGAGAAUGUCGGGUCAUACUCUGAGGCCUGUUCAUCAAAGCAUGCUGGCCAGCUGCCUGCUUACAUGGGUUAUCCCGCCGCUCAAGGCAUCGCUGACCAACGUGUCCAAAAACACACUGUGGAAAGACUGGGAACUCAAAAUGAUUCAGCUUUGGCAGAUAGCCCAGUCUGUGAAAUACAGGGGAAAGCCAGGACAAAGAGAAGAAAUGCUCGGAGGCGUGCCAAGCGAGCAAUGGAAAGAGUUAGAGAAGCGAGUACAGCGGUCACAAUGGCGGAUAGAGCUGAAACAACUACGCAGGAACGGAUGUUAAGACCAGUUGAAUCGGACGCCGUUCAGGUAUAUCUUACUGGCUCAGACUCGUCUGUCGACAACUCGAUUUUGAAGGCAGCACUCCCCAGCGACACACAUUUACCACGGCAAGACCAUGGUAGUCUUCGACUUGAUGUCGAUGCCAGCCAUCGGAUGCUGUCUGGAGCGCUUGAUGUUCGAAAUGUGAAAGAGGGCUCCGAUAAACGGACAUUCUCGACAGAGUUGUGCAAUAUCAGGCCUUUUGUCAUGAAAACACCUGAAUUGGAUCUGUCGAUUACUGAAUUGAGCAAUAUGGGGGAUUUCCAAGGGCUUUUCUCACAUGACAGCCGGCCAAAACACUGGAGAGAACGGAUUGCUUAUCGUGCUGUCGAGUGCUGCGAUCGUAGUGUUGAUUUGAGCGAACCACCAUUCCCUUUUGUACAACGAUGGGGGAAAUUGACUCGAGCGCAACGAGGCAGCGGUAUGCAAUUGACCAGUAACGAAAAAGAGCCUGCAGAACCCGACGGCUUCGAUGAACUUAAGUCGAUUGGAGCGGAGAACGGACAGGGAAAGUCAGGACUGCAUGAUGUCGAUCCCUCUUGCCGGGUUGCCAUACAGCCACCACCCAAGGAAGAUAUUCUUGAAAGAAAGAUCGACUUUCCACGGCUGCCUUCUGAUACAUCAAAGCUACGACAACUAUCUCCUGGCGAGAUAUCUACCGGCAUGGUCAUUACUUGGAAGCGGUGGGCACUUUCCAAGAAAACGAAUUGGCAGCCACAAGUUGUGGAUGUUACUGCUCUUGUCAUAGACAUAAGAAACGAGGCCACCAUUCUCGAAGUUCUUCUCUCACAACAGGAUCGAAAGUUUGAGGAAGAAGAGAAGGUUUAUGAUGAGGAGACUGGCCAGCGAUUGUAUGAUCGGUUUGAAGUGCCUGAAGCUGAUGAUGGGGAGGAGCGCGCAAGUAUUGAUGAGGGGAUGCAAAUGAGGAAUGAUCACACUAUUGCACAGGCAUAG